AUGAUCAUUGAAUGGAUUUAAUUGUAAGACAUAAUAUUCUACAAAUUUAUUUCAGGCUAAGAAUACGAGUUCUUUGACUCUGAAUUGAAUACUUGCCUUCGUUGCUCUAAUGUUUUAAAUGGAUGUCAAAAAUGCCAUCUCGAUAUUGAUAUGAAGAUACUUGAAUGUGAUUAAUGCGACAAUGGACUUUUUCUGCUAACAUAAAAUCAGACAACUGUGGAUUAUUAUGCUCACACUGUGAUAGUCUCAUUGGAUGUUUAUCUUGUCAAGGAGAAGCAACUAACAAUGGCUGGAUAAGUGCAUUAACAACCGAAAUCGAACCCUUCCUACCAAAUUUCAAAACUUGCCAGAACUUCAUCAUCUUUGAGUUUUAUCACUAAUUGCCAUAUUUAUAAUUACUAUGAUCAAUUUAAUUGUUUGGUAUGCCAUGAAGGCUUCUACUUGUCUAAAAGUAGUUAUUUUAAUAUCUCAGCCAACAGACACUAAGAUAUUUGCCAACCAAAUGCUUAGCCAGACCUUUGUCUUCAGUCAAGCUCAGAAUUUGUUUGUGAUACCUGCAUUUAUGGAUAUAAUACUUAUUAAAUAGGAGAUAAGAAAUUUUGUCAAAGUAAAAAUUUAAAAAUUGAGAAUUAAUUUUAAACUUUAGAAUGCAAUUAGUAGAAUGGGGCCUAAAUUAAAACUCUAAGGUGUGAGUUUGAAAUAGAAUAAUCAACUUCUAACGUUAUUUAGAAGAAAAUCACUUCAUGCCUUGGAGGUUUCGUUGACCUAUAAACAGGAUAAUGUGUAAGUAGCUGUGGACUAGGGAGAUAUGGAAAUGUUACACUGGGCUAUCUAGGAAUGAUUGAAUAAACUCUAUGUUUGAACUGUGAUUCAUCAUGCUAUGAAUGCUCCUCAUCAGAAACUCAAUGCACAUCUUGCAAGGAAGGAUUUUAUCUUGAUUCAUUAACUAAGACAUGCAAAUAGAAGAAUGGAUUGCUUGAGUAGACUAUCUAUGUUUAAUCUAAGGACUUUAGCAAUGAUUAUUCUGCUAAUGGGACAGUAGAAUACCCUUUUAUAUCAAUACUUGAAGCUCUAACAUUUUCAUAUGAAAUAGGAUCACCUUAUAAGUCAGCAAAUAUAUCGAUCUUGCUGUUUUCUGAUCGAGAUCAUUCCAUGCAAAGAUAUGAUUUUGCAAAAACAUCUUAAUUCCUGCUGAAUUAUAGAAAUAUAGAUAAGAAUGCUUAAUCGAUAAAGAUUAUUAUAGAUACAGUGAACUCAGCUCCAGUGAAAGUUUAUUACAAAUUGAGAGAUAAAUUUUAAUUCCUUGUAGGAGCUGGCUUAACUAUCAGGAAUAUUGAAUUUGAUGCCAUUGAUUCGAUAUUAGAUAUCCGAGAGGAUAAUAUUAACUUGAAUUCCCUUAAUAAUGAUAGCUAUUAAUGCUUACUUUCUACUAAUUCAUCUUGCUGUAGCUUUGCUUAUAAUGAAAUUCAGUAAAGUAAAGUUCUAACUGGAGCCCAAUUUUGUCAAAUUAUGCAUUCAGGACAAGCAGGAUCAAGUUUAUUAGAUACUUUAGAUUGCUUAAACAGAGAUUAGUUAUAGUUUGGUUCGCUCAUUAAAGUAAUUAUUAAUUGA